GACGACGCAUCGUCGACAGUCCGCGUGAAUUGCAUUAGUGUGUGUCCGUGAUUCGACGGCACUAGGCUAUUUUUUAUCGAGAUAAUAUUUGUGCAGGCAAUUUUUUAAUUAUAUUUAUUUUUUAUUAGACGCACUCUUAUCGACACCGAACAGCGUUUUUUUUUUCCCCGUAAGUUGUUGAAAAAAUGUAUUAUCACCUAUGAUCGUUACAUCACCGACAAUUGUCGUAAGACCGCGUUUUUUACAUUUUUGUUGAUGUGCUGUUAGAAUCAUAUAUUCGUAGUUAUCAUAUCACUGACAUCCGUUGAAACAUGAAGUGCGUCGGGCUGUUACUGGUGGCCGUCAUGGGCGCGCUGUCCGUCGCCGACGGCGCUAACAUCCUCGGCGUGUUCCCCAUCAACGGCCGCAGCCACUGGGUGGUGUACGAGAGCGUGAUGAAGGCCCUGGCGGCGCGCGGCCACAACGUCACGGUGAUCACGUCGUUCCCGCAGAAAGCGCCGGUGGCCAACUACACGGACAUCGACGUGUCGGCCACGUUCCCGGCCGCGAUGAACACGGUGGGCAUCGAAAUGGUGCUCAAAUACCUGUCCAGCGUGUUCGCCAACCAAUGGUUCAUCGCCGACCAUCAGAUGAACAUUUGCCGGAAGGCCCAAAAGCUGCCUCAGGUGCAAGCGUUGCUCCGCAGCGACAUCAAGUUCGACGCGGUUUUCACAGAAAUAUUUGGAGCUGAUUGUGAUGUUGGUUUUGCUUACCAUUUUAAGGCACCCCUAUUGUCUAUCAUGUCCAGCUCACAUCUACCAUGGAGCUACGAUCGUGUGGGUGGCCCAGACAACCCAUCCUACAUACCAACGAUCGUAACAAGAGCAGCUGGAAAGAUGAACUUUAAAGAACGAAUGAUCAACACUUUGUACUAUAUAUACUUUAAAUUAGCGUGGAAGUAUUACAGUGAAUGGCCAGCAAAUGAACUGUUGAAAGAGAACUUUGGACCGGAUGUACCUCACAUCAACGAAAUAGUUUAUAACACUUCCAUGGUGUUUGUCAACGGUCACUUUUCUUUGGACGGCCCACGCCCCCUAGUUCCUAAUAUGGUGGAAAUUGGUGGAAUACAUGUUAAACCCCCCAGGCCCUUACCAAAAGACAUAUUGAAAUUUAUCGACGACUCACCGAAUGGAGUUAUGUUUUUCACAUUUGGCUCUCUAAUUCGUGUAUCUACACUACCACCAAAUGUAUUGCAAAUGUUUAAAAAUGUGUUUUCAAAAUUACCCAUCAGAGUAUUAUGGAAAUAUGAAGAAGAAAUGCAAGACAAACCUGAUAACGUCUAUAUAAGCAAAUGGAUGCCUCAAAGAGAUAUUUUGAGUCAUCCAAAAGUUCGUCUGUUCAUGACCCACGGUGGACUGUUAGGGGUACUCGAAGCUGUACACUCAAGCGUACCAAUCAUUGGCGUACCGUUUUUCUUCGACCAACCUAGAAAUAUAUUAAAACUAGUGGAACAGGGUUCAGGUAUUUUAUUGGACUAUGAAUCGAUGACGGAGGAUAUUCUAUACAAUGCUAUUACAACAAUAAUUAAUAAUAGCAGUUACGCUAUAAAUGCGAAAAAACUAUCAAAACGGUUCAAAGACAGGCCAUUGAACGCAACCGAAAGUGCCGUGUACUGGACAGAGUACGUAAUAAGACACAAAGGAGCGAAACACUUGAGAACCGCGGCCGUUGGAAUGCCUUGGUGGAAGUACUACUUAGUUGAUGUCAUCGGUUUUAUCACGCUAAUCAUUUUUGCUGUAUUGUAUCUAAAUUACAUUGUGUUCAAAACCAUCUACAAGAAAUUAUUCAAAAAGACCGUAACCAAAAAGAAGGAAAAGAAAAAUUAAAACAUUAAAUUUGUAUUGUACCUGAAUUACUAUACAAUACACACUAUCGUACAAAACCA